UCAGUCUCUGAGCGCACAUCCAACAGUCAUCAUCGCAACGCAUCACCAUCACGGAACGCGUAUAUAUCUGUAAUUUAUAAAAUUUUUGUAUGUACUAUAGCCACCGCCACUCGGUAUCAACAUUUGUGGCAGAAGCCAACUUAAACGCCAGCUCUAAUAUCAUCUAGAACGCAUAACUGCUUGUCUGGAGUUUUCGCACCGUUGAGGAGUUAUUGGAACGUUCGUCUGGCUGCUUGUUUUUCGCAUCCACACAUCGCUUUCAGUUCCGUUUGGUGUCUGUGUGCGUGCGUGUGUGCACUUUUGUCUGCCUAUACGCGCCCGUGUACGAUAGUUGUGUGCCGUGCCGUUUUUCAGUCAUCGUGGUCUUUGUCGUCGUGUCCAUCGCCGGUUCCCGUAUCCGUAUUCAGUCGUAAUCGUCGGUAUUGUAGCUGUGGUCGUGAAUAGCUUGUCUCUGGAAUUCACUGAGUCGCAUUUUCGUUUGCAAAUUUGCUGCUAUCUUUUUGCACAGUUUUGGAAAAAGAACCAAAGUGAAAAACCGAAACUCAGCUUCGAUCUCCUACACAAAGAAGAAUAACUUCGUCGUCAUUGUGCAGCGAGAAGAGCAGCGAAAAAUUUAAAAGACACAUUGCCGGUUGCGAACGAACGUCGUUGCUGUGUCUCUAUAUCAUCAUCGAAUUCGUAGUGGUGGCAAGAGCGAGCCAGCCAGCCUAAACAGCCGUUGCAGACGCAGCAGGAACACGAAGUAUUGCGAAAUUGGUUUAGGUUUUUUUUUUUUACAUUUUGAAAAUUUAAAAAAGGGGAAGCUACCGAAAGUUAAACAGUCGGAGCUAGUAAAAAUUUCCAUUUGCUGAAACUCAGACAGUUGCUUGCAUCCCGGUUUUCUUCUCGAAUACCCUAGAAUAAAUGGUUAAUAUGGAAAACGCUGAAGAAGUUAUGCAAAUUUUGGAGCGCUUCACGCGACUCAAGCAAAAGGAGAUACCUAAGGAGCUAGACGAUUACUUGCAGUAUGUGGCGAAAACUGGUGACACAGUCUUCAAAUGGUCCAGUCUAAAGUAUCUAUUCCGCGAAAAGCUACUUAAUGUGAUCAAGCAUUUCCACGAUACCUCGCCUCGUGUAGAUGAGAUUCCUCAGUAUCCGAAUGUCGAUCCUUUCAACUAUGAGAGCAUGAAAUCGUCGCUGUUGGAGCGUCUGGAAUUAUUCAAUGCCGCACCAUUUACCAUUCAACGUUUGUGCGAGCUUUUGAUUGAUCCGCGUAAACAAUACAGUCGCAUUGAUAAAUUUAUGCGUGCUCUGGAAAAGAACAUUUUAGUAGUGAGCACCAUCGAACCUGGCCGUAAGCGUACUGAAAGUGAAAACGGGGAUUCAUUGGACUCUGUUGUUAACGGUGAUUUGUCGCUGGACGUCAAUGUCGACAUCGAUAUGGAGAAUGAGUCGCUCUUCAACAUGGAAACGCAAAACGGCAACGGUACUGGCAACGGCAACGGUACAGCAGCAGCAGCUGAUGGCGAGGCUUCCCAAGAGGCAGCUGAACCUAAAGAGAAGCCGGCUGUGACUGAGACGACCGCUGCUACUAAGCAUGCCACAACCGAUGAUGAUAUACUGCCAAAUCCGAAGAAGGCAAAGCUGGAUUUAGAUGCGAAAGAAGAAGAAAAGGCUGCCGACAAGACUGAAGGAGAAGAGAGCAGCACAGCUGUGGCUAAAGAUGAGAAGCAAUCGAAGGUGGACGAUGAAAAGCCUAAGGAAAAUGAUAAGGCUGAUGGCGAGGCCGAAUCUGAGGUGGCUAAGCCAGCUGUAGAGGAUGCUGAAAUGCCAGAGGUUGAUAACAAAGAAGUAGAAUCAAAGGUUGAGAACGAAGAGCCGAAAAAGGAAGAGAAAGAAGAAAAGAAAACGGUUGACAAACCGCCAGAAAAAGAAAUAGAGAAGGCUGUGGAGGCAGAGGUUGAAGCUAAAGUGUUGCCAGAAGCCAACAAUAAGCAGAAAUCUGAAGUCAAAACUGAAGUUGACGCUGCUAGUUCCGAUGAGAAAAAGGAAGUCGAAGAAGUGGAUGCGGCUGAGAAGAAAGAAGAAACGUCAGUGUCUGAAGCUGAGUCGAAGUCAGCUGAAGAAGAGGAGAAGAUAAUUGAAAAACAAGAGAUUGAAAAGGGUGAAAAAGAAGUGGUUGUGGCAGCAGCUGCCGUAACAACUGAGAUCGCCGAAAAAUUGGUUGAGCCUGAAGAUGAGAAAGCAGCCGCUGAGGAAUCGACUGAAACUGCUAAGGUAACGAAAGAAACCAAGGUGCCGGUUGCCAGUGGUUGUGAUAAGGACAGCGCUAAAGCCACAGAGAGUGUCGAGAAGGAACCGGCGCCUGUUAAGUCAGAUGAGAAUGAUGCUGAAUCUAAGGCAGAAGUUUCGACUAGCACACCAGAAAAGGAAGUAGAGAUUGCGCCACAGACAGCGACUGCUGAAGCUGUAGCGGUUACCACUACCACUGACAAGAUAGAAUCAGCUGAGGAUGCCAAAGCCACAGCUGAAGAGACCGAUUCCACUGCCACGUCAACAAAAGAACCCGAAAAGACUGAAAGUACUGCUGAAGCCGCUGUGGAAGAAGUGGAAAAGCUAGAAAAGGAGCAGAAAGUUGAAGCUUCUGCGGCUGCAACCAACGAGGCAGAAGCCGUGGUCUUAAAAGAGCCCUCUGUUGGGGCUGUCAACAAAACCAAUGAGGAGAAGAAGGAGGCCAAAGUCGCCGCAUCACCUGCUAAAACAGCUAAAACCACUAAAACCGAAAAACCAACGACUGAUGACGGCGCCGCAGCUGUUACUGACACUGCCGCCGUUGCCGCUAGCGAAAGUGAAGUUCCAGCCACCGACGAAGCAGUACAGAGCACCACUGCUGAUACCGUAACCGCAGCUGAAGAGAGCAGCGCCGCCGCACCUGCUACCACUUCAGCACCAGCCGAAGAAUCAGCCGAAGCCAUUGCUGCAGUUCCUGAAGCUACACCCACGCCAACACCAACAGCUACAAAAAUUCCAACACCGACUCUAGCACUCAAUGACCAGCCAAUGGACGAUGUGCCGAUCGAAGAACCCCAAUCCGCUGUCGAUGAAGUUGUUAUGGCCGAGUCGAAUGCCGCUACUGAAAUGGCCACUGACGCCAACGAGCCAACAGCACCGUCCAAGGACGAUCCGGCUGGCAUGGAGGUGGAUGACACUAGUCAGGAGGCAAUGGAUCAGUAAAUUAUUGGCAGCAUAACAAUUUCACACAAUAAUAUUUUCCACACGCAUAUAAUACGAUAAAAAAAUAUUUUAAUUGUGAGACACGUCGACGACGGCGAAAAUGCGACGCGAUGCGACGCAAAGCGAUUCUUCAUACUUAACACAUUUUUUUUUUUUUGAAUAUGUAGCGGGUUUUUAGGCGCAUAAGCAAAAUUACAUGAAUGUGUAAACAAAAUUUGGAUGUAAGUUAAUUUAAACUAUGAAGAAGAACAAGAAAAAUUACAAUUAUAACACUAAAAACAAAAGAAAAAGAGAUAAAUAUAGUUGGCAGCAUAAAAACCCGAUUAAAUAUUUAAACAUACAUACAUAUACUUUACACAAUAAGCAGCGUACUUGUAACGUUCCGUUCCGUUCCAUAUGGCGAAUAUAUGUUUGUAACACCGCAUGGACAACGAGCAACAUAGUUUUGCUUUUGUGUACAUUCUUUAAAUUUAAUUUAAACCAAAAUGAAUUAUUUAACAUGGUAUUAAAAAUUAUUCAUUUUAUCUACUUUUAUUUGUUUAAUCAAAGCGCGCCAACAAUAUUAAAUGAACCAUUGAAAAAUGAAACAUAAAAACAAAAAUAAUAAAAUAAACUGCUUGGUUUUUAAUUUUGUGGUGCAACGAACACCGUUUUGAACAAAAUUUCUGUUUUUAUUAUUUACUUACUUAUUUUGAAUAAGAAUUGUGCUAAAAGAAUUUGCUGGAAUGCUGGAUAAAGGAUUUUGAGAGCAAAAUAGUGUUGCUGAUAAAUUUAGGCAAAACUACAUAAAAAGUUUUACAGAUUUUUAUAUUUUUAGCAUUGAAGUAUUUUAAACUUUUAGCUGUGAGACUUUCAAAAAAAAAAAUAAUAGCGUAAUUUUGAUUCAUUGGACUUACGCGAAUCACAAAACUGUUUGGCUAUAACAAACAGGCUGUGUUCAGAGAUGCAUCCCGCCAAAGCAUCAGCCUCAUUUUAUCGAAACUACAAGUGAUAGAAAGGCCUUAUUUGCGCAACUAAAUUGAUGCAUUUCUGAGCACAACCAUAGACGUUACUUAACUGCUGCUUGACUCGAAUAAACGAUUUUUUUUUUGUUUUCGUUGUGGCAGCAGUGCUCAAUCAGUUUGGACUUGUUCUAGGGUCAUAAUAAAAGCGACAAUACGCAGCACUGAUGAAAAUGUGCAACACUCUUGCAACUGCUCCACUGAUACAAGGUUGCUAGAAAUUCAAAUCGGUCGUGACACUUUAACGGCUCGCGCAAUACUGCGGUUGUUAUUGCAACUCGAACAAGUCUUUUGUCUAGCGAUUGCAGAUGGUGUGCAUAUUGGGGAAUGCAUUCAGACCAAUGCAUGAUAAGUAGCACCGUAGAACCUAAUAGCAGCGAGGAUUUGAAUUCAGAAAUUCUUAUUUGCGCCUUUCUUCAAGUUGGGUCAGUUCGUAAAUUUAAGACGCAGUAUCACUGCAGAUGAUUAAACUCUUUUAUUCAUAAAUUGUAGAUCAUAUCAAUGCCGCAAUUUCGCAAUUUAAUUCCAAUUUGGCACUAAACCGUUUGAAAUAAAAGGGACUGUUUUUUUGUAGUAAGGCAUUUACGAACUGACGCAUUAUGUUGGUUGGUGCCCAACCAACUAGCGGCAGUAUUUUCUCUAUCUGCCUACAUUUAAGGGUUAAUGAAUAGCAUUAAAUAUUUCCCAAAAAAAUUUGGAGAAUGAUGUUACAUUGGCGGUCCUGGGACAGACAUAAAUCUCGGCAUAACAGAGUUUUGGGAAAUGUUGCCUAAGUUGCGGCCCUUUGUAAGCAAUACAUAUGAAUCGUUCCGGGGGGAAUGGCUUUCGAUAGCGCAGAAAAAACGAACCUAAAAAUCCCACACAGGAAGAACAUCGUACACCGAAAUCUGCGGUUACUCACCCCAAUUGCUAAGAAAUUAACUAUAACUCCGGAUUCUUCUCUUCUUUGAAAUUACAUUAAUGAACCAAAUAUGUUUGAGAAACAAAUGUAAGGGCUGACCAUUUUGUCAGUAAAAAAAAGUUACAUAUUUAAUAAUAAUGUGCAAGUCUCUCACUGUCAUUGGGCGCGUUCCAUUUAUUGCGAGGUGCUACA